AUGGAUUGGGCCGCCGACAUUUCCCCAACGACCGAUGCUCGUUACCUCGCUCGCAGACAUUGGGCCAUCAUCAGGAAGACUGUCGUCACCGAUAUUGAUGAUUUUCUAUUUUUACUGCGCCAGAGCCGCACCGCCCCGCUGCCCGACCCGGUCAGCGAGUUCAGCGAUUUCGGGUUUGAUACGAACCGCUCCACUCAUCACUUGCCGGCGCCGACGGCAGGCGUGCAGAUCAAUGUGGAACCGGACAGCGGACGAACGCCAGAACCAUCGGCAAGGGAAGGCGAGCUUGGCAAGAGCCUUCACAGCCUUGGCUCAUCCCUUCUACGCCGGCCCUCCGAAUCGCCCAGCUUGCUGUCGGCCAGUUUCUCCUCAACCGGUCCACAAUCCCCUGGCGCUGACGACGAUGUGAAGUCGCAGAUCUCGUUCGUCAUGCGGGAACGGCUGCACUCGUUUGUCAAGCAGCAUGCCAACCCUGGAAAAACGGCCGAGUUUGAUGUCGCUGAUCGGGUUACAGGCAAAUUCCACCUUGGCUGGCUGUUCGCCGUGACGACGGCGUUCCUCUACAACGCGCUGGGCAUCCCGUUGCGCAGCAGCUAUCCGUAUCAGACGGACGCGAACGUCGUCUACUGGUUGAUCGUCGACUACCUGUGUGACGCCAUCUACCUGGCCGAUAUGAUCAUCAUCAAACCACGACUGCAGUUUAUGAGGGGCGGUAUUUCGAUUGGAAAUCGCCGCGACACGCUGCGCAACUACGUGAUGUCGGGGAGUUUCAAGCUGGAUCUCCUCUCGAUUGUGCCGCUCGAUUUCAUGUACUUCUACACGGAUAUCAUUCCGAUAUGGCGGCUUGGGAGGUUGCUCAAGGUACAAUCGUUCUGGCAACUAUUCGACCUGCUCGACAACUCGUUCUCCAAUCCCUACGUCAUCCGUAUCACCCGUACUCUCUCCUAUAUGGUCUACAUUAUCCACUGCAACAGCUGUGUCUACUACUUGCUGAGCGCUUGGCAGGCGUUCGGCCAAAUCGCGUACCAGAUGAACGGCAAGUACUACCUCAACAAAUGGGUCUACAAUAAUAAGGGAAACGCCUAUUUACGCUGCUUCUACUUCACGGCCGCCGUCGCCACGUCGACAGGAAACAACCCAGCCCCCACCAACGUCAUCGAGUACAUCUACAUGACCUUCUCGUGGAUGAUGGGCGUCUUCGUGUUCGCCCUACUGCUCGGACAGAUUCGCGAUAUCGUGUCAAACGCCAACAGGAAUCGCGCGGAAUAUCAGCGCCAAAUGGACAUGGCCCUGUCGGAGUGCAAGAAGCUCAACCUCAGCCGGGACCUAGUUGAACGUGUCCGCGACUGGUUUAUCUACACCUGGGAGCAGCACAAGACGCUCGACGAGAAGAAGCUGAUCGAAAAGCUGCCCCUGAAGCUGCAGACCGAUCUGGCCCUCUCCGUCCACUACAACACGCUCAGCAAGGUCAAGCUGUUCCAGGAUUGCGACCGUGCCUUCCUGCGUGACCUCGUGCUCAAGCUCCGCCCGGUCAUCUACCUCCCGGGGGACCUCGUUUGCAAGAAGGGUGACGUCGGCAAGGAGAUGUACAUCGUCAACCAGGGCGUCCUGGAGGUGGUCGGCGGCAACAACAACGAGACGGUGUUCGCCCAACUCCAGCAGGGCAGCGUCUUUGGCGAAAUCAGUCUGCUGGCGAUCGGCGGCAACAACCGACGAACAGCGAAUAUUCGGGCUAAAGGCUACGCGACGCUUUUCGUGUUGGCGAAGGAAGACCUGAACGACGUCAUCCGCUACUACCCGCAGGCGCAGAUGCUGCUCAAGCGCAAGGCGGCGCAAAUGCUGAAAAACGACAAGAAAGACGACGAGAGCAAAGACGAGAAGCCGCUCGAGGACACGUGCCGCAUCAGCGGCAAGUUUUUUCGGGCUUUU